AUGUUCCGCAUGACGUUUGAUAUGUCAUCCCAAGCUGCCGCCGCUAUACACAGCUAUGUCCCCGCACUACUGCCUUCAUCUUGUCUUGUGAUGAAUUUUACAAGAAAUAUUCGAUCCUUUGGUAUUCGUCAGCUUCGCACCCCGAACGUCCGAGCCAUGCAUAUUCAGUCAAUUCCUAUGUGGACGGGGAAGGGCAAUAACUAUGCCUACCUUGUCACCGACGAACCGACAAAAAAGUCGGUUAUCAUCGACCCCGCCAACCCCCCGAGUAAGUUCGAGUUAUAUCAUUGGCUAUCGAAUGCCAAGUUGAUUGUGGUAAUCAGAGUGGCACCCGGGUUGAAGUCUCAGAUCGAUGCUGGGAAGAUUGAAUUGACAGCAAUUGUCAACACUCACCACCACUGGGACCAUGCUGGAGGCAACGAUGAGAUGUUGAAGCAAUUUGGUAAGCUUCCCGUCAUUGGAGGCAAAGAAAGCCAGUCUGUCACUAGGACCCCGGCACACGGCGAAGAGUUCAAGAUUGGAGACCGUAUCUCCGUCAAGGCAUUGCAUACCCCAUGCCACACUCAAGACAGCAUCUGUUACUAUAUGCAAGACGGUGACCAACGUGUGGUGUUCACCGGUGAUACCUUGUUCAUUGGAGGUUGCGGCCGUUUCUUUGAGGGUAACGCCGCAGAGAUGCACAAGGCACUGAACGAGACGCUGGCAUCCUUGCCAGACGACACCAAGGUUUAUCCCGGCCACGAGUACACCAAGGCGAACGUGAAGUUCUGCAUCCAUGUGUCCCAGACGGAGCCCAUCAAGAAGCUUCAGGCUUUUGCGGAAGCCAACAAAGAGACGCAGGGAAAGUUUACCAUCGGCGAUGAGAAGCUCCACAAUGUGUUCAUGCGCGUUCAUGACCCAGAGGUCCAGAAAGUGACUGGAAAGACCGACCCAGUAGAUGUGAUGGAUGCUCUGCGAACCAUGAAGAACAACAUGUAG